AUGGACGAUGAUCUGCUCUUCCCACGAGGAAUCGUGCCAGGAGGCGAUGACUCUGUGCGACCGGGAUACUACAAAGCCAUCGGCAUCAGCCUGGCCAUAGGAUCGGGGCUGUUUAUCGGAACGUCCUUUGUACUGAAAAAGGUCGGCCUGCUGAGGGCAAACGCAAAGUAUAACGAAGUUGCGGGCGAGGGCUAUGGCUACCUCAAGAACGCUUACUGGUGGACCGGAAUGAUCCUCAUGAUCAUCGGCGAGAUCUGCAACUUUGUCGCUUACGCCUUUACCGACGCCAUCUUGGUCACGCCCCUGGGCGCGCUGUCUGUCGUCAUCACCACCAUCCUGUCCGCCAUCUUCCUCAAGGAGCGUCUGAGUCUGGUUGGAAAGGUCGCCUGUUUCCUCUGCAUCGUGGGCUCCGUCGUCAUCGUCAUGAACGCGCCACAGGAGUCCUCCGUUGCCGACAUCCAGCAGAUGCAAAAGUACGUCAUUACGCCCGGGUUCCUGUCGUAUACGGGCGUCAUCCUCGUCGGAUCCGUCAUUGUCGCUUUUUUCGUUGGGCCAAAGUAUGGUAAGAAGAACAUGCUGGUCUACAUCUCCAUCUGCAGCUGGAUCGGGGGCUUGAGCGUUGUGUCGACCCAGGGCCUGGGCGCGGCCAUUAUUGCCUGGGCUAGCGGGAAGCCUCAGUACAAGGAGUGGUUCUUAUGGGUGCUCCUCGUCUUUGUCGUCGGCACUUUGCUCACGGAGAUUAUCUUUCUCAACAAAGCCCUUAACCUCUUCAACGCCGCCAUUGUCACGCCUACAUAUUACGUCUAUUUCACCAGCACCACCAUCAUCACAUCCGCAGUCUUAUUCCAGGGCUUCAAGGGCACUGCACAGUCCAUUGUCACCGUCGUCCUGGGCUUUCUGACAAUAUGCUCCGGCGUCGUGUUAUUGCAGCUUUCCAAGUCGGCCAAGGACGUCCCCGACGCUGCCGUGUUCAACGGCGAUCUCGACCAGAUUCACACGAUUGCCGAGCAGCCGCAGCCUGAAACGGAACCCAAGGCGGAUGCGAUCCGAGGCGCAGCUGCUAUCAUCAGGCGCAUUUCCAACGCGCGCCUCCGCAUGGAGGCCGAGGAGCUGAGACGUCUCCACGAAGAAAAGGCGGCCGAGGCCAUGGCCCCUAUCAGCGAGGACGGGCAGCCGAUGUACGAAUGGGACGGGCUGAGGCGAAGGCGAACUAUUGCGUCCAGUAUGCGCAGCCGGUCGACGAGGCUCUCGACCCCGAUUCCUCCCUCGCCAGCCCCUCCGACGCCUCACCCUCCGCUGGGCAUGUCGCAUUUCCCUACCGAGGGUGAGCUCGAAGAGCACGACCGCAACGUCAACGUCUUCUCCAGCCUAGCGGGCACCAUCCGCGGCCGCCGAUCCCGCCAUCAUCAGCAUCAUGUCCUGCCGGUCAGCGAGCAGGACGAGGAUGAAGAGGAGGUCGAGUACGGCAUCGACAAGGUCCGCAGCCCGAUGCAUCCGCUGCCCCUCACCCACAUUGCUAUACCUGAGGCGAAGCUCGAUGACGAAGCCGGGGCGUACUAUGGCCCGACACGCGAGCAGUCAUACUUCUCCCACGACAAUGUCGACACGGAGUAUCGCGGCGCCGCUGCCAGCCCCGGGCUUCUCGGUCCCACGCCCCCGCCACACGGCGGCACCAGGCGCCAAUUCUCCUUUAACGUCUUCCGACGAACGCCCCAGCCUUCAGAAGAGGAACAGGUUGGGCUUGUCAAGGAAAACAGUGGCGACGGC